CAUUUCCCUUAACGUCUCCCAGGAAAGCCUGCUUCGUUAUGAUACCCGCUUCCACGGCGUGCCGAAAUGGCAUUCAUACCUGCUCCUGCUGUUUUGUCCAUCGCUGUCGCUCAGCCCCUGUCAGAUCCGCGACGAAGUCUGCUCUUCGCUUCGCGUGUGGCUUAUGUCAGCCGCCAUCCGCGCCGCCCUCCAUGCAGCGCUGCUUUCCGCCUGCCGUGCGUUGCUCGCGCCCGGCACCUUCAGAUUCACGGGCUCCUCGUCCGCGCUAUUGACAGGAACUCGCUGUCAGUUCCUGCGCGGCAUCUCCCAUCUGCAAUCCCCCAAACCUUUUCUUUCAGACGCCAGCGGAACGCGCUAAGCAACCUAACAGUACCCAGGGCCCAAGCCGCGGGGUCGCGAGGAUCAACCCAGCGUCCCCUCUCACCCGGCCGUUCUCUCGUCGGACGCUAGUAGCGCCCAUGGCGGGCAUGCGACCCGCGGCGGGCGCGGAGCGCGAUGUGCAGGAGCGGAGGCGCUGCCGGGGCUGCGGCGCACGGUCUGGGGGCAGUUAGACCUCAGGCCGCGCUUCCCCAAGCUGGAGUCGCACGUGCACGCUGACGUGGCAGUGAUCGGGGGCGGGAUGGCGGGCUGAGCAUCGCGUACCACCUGCAGCGGAAGGGGCAGUCCGUGGCGCUGCUGGAGCGCCGAUGCAUCGGUCAGGGCCAUGGCCUGCUGGAAUGAUCCCUCCUUUCCCCCUCCCCGUACCACUGCCGCCGUCCCCAGCUAGUACCUCCACAUCCUGCCCCAUUUCGCCUCAUUGGCCCCUGUUGCUCCCCCUUUGGUACCUGAAACGGGCUAGCGGACGCCUUUGUGCGGCUGGGCGGGCGGCAUCUUCGAGCAGACCAUCGCCUUCCGCGAGCACGGCUCCGUCACGGGCUCAGGGGCCGGAUCAGUGGUAUCGACAAAAGACGGGCGCGGCGUGGUGCAUGCGGGGGCGGUGGUGCUGGCCACCAACUCGCCCAUCAACCACAACCUGCUUGUGCACGCGCGCCAGCCCGCUGACAGGAGCUACGUGGUGGGGCUCAAACUCGACAAGGGCAGUGUCAAGCGCGCCAACUGGUGGAGCACGCACUCGCCCUACCACUACGUGCGCGUGGAGGAGCAGGCGGACCACGACGUGCUGGUGGUGGGCGGCGGCGACCACCCUGUGGGCAUGCGUGCCACCCAGUACCAGGACGUGUGGGGCGACCUGGAGCGCUGGGCGCGGCCGCGCUGGCCCAUGGCGCAAGAGACGCUCUUCCGGUGGAGCGGCGUGGUGUAUGAGCCUGUUGACUUGCUGGGGCUGUACGGGCGCAAUCCCAUGGACGCCACCCAGACGUACAUCGCCACAGGGACAGCGGGCAGGGCAUGACGGGCGGCACUAUAGCCGCCAUGGUCAUAUCCGAUCUCAUCUGCCGCGCCCGAAUCCGUUCAUCGAGAUCUACUCGCCGUCCCGCCUGCCGCCCGUCUCCAUGAAGUCCUUGUCGCUGGCUGGCUCCGUUGUGAUCCACACCAUUCAGGGCUACAAGGACUGGCUGCCCCUGGUGGGCACGGACGGUGUGGCCAUAGAGGACCUGGGGCGCGAGUGCGGCGCUGUGGUGAGCAUGGGCUGCGCAAGGCGGCUGUGUUCCGAGACAAGGACGGACUCGUGCACGCGUAUUCGGCCACAUGUCCGCACCUGGGGUGCAGCGUGCACUGGAACCCCAACGACGCCACCUUUGACUGCCCGUGCCACGGCUCGCAGUUCGACCACCAUGGCCGCUGCAUCAACGGCCCCGCCAAGGCCGACCUCGCCCCGCUGGACCCCCGCCAGACUGGGUGAAGCGUGCAGCGUGAAGGCGUGUGUGCAAGGUGUGGGGCGGACUGCAGUUGAGCUAGGGGCGAAGGUUGAGGAAGAGGGCUUCAACACGGCUGGAAUAUGCCCGGCUCGUCAUGCCCUCAACACUGCCAGCUCCUGCUGCUGGUUCUGCCGAGGGGGAGUGGAAAGUGCGAGCAUAUAAGGGGGGGGGGGGCAGGGGCUGGUUGACUGCCUCCACGAGGGUUAACUGUUGGAGCCCUGGGAAGAUGAUAGGGGUUGGAAGGGGACAUGAGAACAUGUAACCUUGCCUUGCAUAUUUCUUCCUUGGGCUGCCUACACUGCAAUGUGCAGGAACAACUGAUUUUGCGUAAUGUUCCAUGCCCUUAUGCAUCAAAUCGAAUAGCAAGCAUGUACUUUGGAAGUG